AUGACAACGAGCGACGAGGCGGUGACGGUCGUUGAGAACAACGAAAAUCUCGAUUCCGAAGAUGCUGCGGAGAAGCUCAAAGGCGUCAAAAGAGCCGCGUCUCCCCUGAAAAACGACGAAGUGAAGAAACCGAAGGCUCGUUUUGUUUGGAUAGUUUCAAAUGGCAGCUUUUUCGGAGCGGGAAUUUUUUUUAUGAGUUUCGGGUUGUGAUCCUUAAAAAAAUUUUGGAAAGUUUUUAUUCGAAGUUUUUGUCCGGAAGUCCUUACUCGAGUUUCAAAGGAGCAUAAGAAAAUCAGUUGAAAAUGCGAAACGAAAAGUCGUUUCCAGGGGUUUCUACGGCCAUGUAACUCUUCUGUGUCUCCAAACACCUUAGUAGAAUUUUUGAAACGACUGUAUGUUUCUCAAACUUUUCAUUAUUGUCCUAGAGAUAAAUUUCACAUCCCUAUGUUUGUCAGAGAAAAUCUUUUAAACGAAGUGGAAAUAUUCACUUUUUUCAUUUCAGUGCGACGUACCGGUGUCAUCAUCAAACGGGACUCCAGCGAAAUCUGAAAAAUCGGAAGAUGAGCCGGAAAUCGUGGAGCUCGACGACGAAGAUGACGAUGAUUCGCCAACUAAAAAGGCGCCCCACACACCUGCCUUGAAAAGUGGAGGAGCCAAGGAUUCUGGAACUCCCAAGACGCCCAAGGUGCUUGAAGAUCUUGUCAAAUAUGUGUUUAUCGUGCUCUUUUGAGUAUUGGAUUUGGUUGUUUCUCUUUUAACGCAGCUAAAUCGAACUUCAGUAGUGAUUCUUAACAUGCAGAUUAUACAGAAUCUAUGAAAUUUUACAUAAGAAACGUUGAAAAUGCUUUCUUACAGACGCCAAAAGUGAGCAAAGAAGAACGAGAACAGCUGAGGUUGAAGAAAUUACAAGAGAAGGAACACCAGAGGGUUAUAAUUUCCUUUUUGUUUGAAAAAAAAAAUUUAAGAUCGAACGAGAGCGGCUUCUAGAGGAGAAACGAUUGGAAAAGGAAAGGUUGAGAUUUCUAUCUUUGCGCCCCCAAAAUUAUUGUUUUUCCAGAGAAAAAGAGGAAAAACGAUUGGAAAAAGAAAGGAAGGAGAAGUUGGUGGAAAUUUUUGAUAUAUCUAGAAUGAUUCUCUCUCUUUCCAGAGAAAGAGUCGAAAAGAAGCUCGAGGAAGAGCGGAAAAAGGAGGAGAAACGAAAAGAAGCCGAGGAGAAGAAAAGAAAAGAAGAGGAGGAAAAGCUGAAGAAAAAGAAGGAAGAGGACGACAAGAAGGAAGCAAGAAGGAAGGAGGAGGAAGAGAAGAGAGACGCGAAGAAAAAGGAAGAGGAGGUUUGGGAAAGACCGAGUUUCUUUUGUUUCAAUUAAAGUUUUCAAUGUUUUCUUUGUCUUGAAGUCAGGGAGUUAUUUCCGGUUUCAAUGUCGGAAUCAGUUUCUGAUAGGCUUUUAUUGAAUAUGGGAUGAAGUUUUUUUAUUAGAUUAUAAGUUCAAACUUAAUCUUUCCGAUUCAUUAUUUGGUUUUCUUAGUUUGGUUUUGAAUCCUGUACAACCUUCAAGUCUUAGUAGGUAUUUUUAAAAGUACUUUUAAAAUCCGUUUUCAGGCCAUGGAGGAGAAAAAACGACGAGAAUCGGCCCGAUUUCUCGGCUUUUUCAGUAAAGUUGAGAAGAAGAAAGCGACAGUGGAAGUGGACAAUAAUCUCUGGUACAAGCCUUUUGAGGUUCGUUGAUGAACAGAGAAAAUUGAAAAAAAAGGGUUUGAAACCAUAUUUCAAUGAUGUUCUGUUGAGGUGAAAUCUGUAGAUAUUUUUAAAAAAUCUUUUUUUUUUGAGAUUAUUUUAUUCAAUAUCUGAAUAAUUCAACAGAAAGGGAAUUUGGGGCUUUUUCAACGGAAAGAGCUUUUUUAAAAUUUUUGACAGAAAUUAAUGCAUUGUUAACGGUAUAGACUAUUAUUUUUCUGCUUUUUUUUCAAUUCUUCUCGAUCUGAAGUUUACUUUUUUUCUACUACUCUUGGUCGAAAUUUGGGAUGUUUCGAAAUAAUUGAUUCCGAAGUCCGAUAAUGCUGUUUUUUUAUCCUGAAUUUUUUUCUGCUCAGAUGAAUCUUAUAAUUUUAAAAAAAUCAUACUGAUUUAAAAUUUAAGUUAUUUUUCGAUUUUGUUAAUAAUUCAAAUUUUUUUGCCGGUAAAGCUCAUGUUUCUUUGUUCAGAGAAGAUUUUGCUCCGGAAAAAAAUCAAACCGUUUCAGGAUUUAAGUUUUUUUAUUACCAGAUCUAUUAUAAUAUCAUAUAAAAAGUGACCUUUUAGUAUUUCAAUAUUUUUCUUGUUCAGGAGAAGCUUUUGCUUUCGAAAACUCAUUUUUUUAAAGUUCCGUUUUUUUCCGCACAUCUAAUAUUAUUUCAAAUAAAAUAAAGCCUUCAUUUUGCCGUUCAAAUCAAAUGUUUCGGUUACAGAUGAAGCCCGGAAUGAGUGUGGCGUCGAUUUUGCACCGCGAGCCGGUGAAUGUCCUCAACAACCUUUUAGAGCACCUGGACACGGUUUGUGAAUUAAUAAGCUCGUGCAGGUAUUUUCGAAUUAAAUUUCAGGUUACCCCAAUCACCUACCUAACGUCAGAUGCGGUGAAAAAGCGGAAAAUUCUGUUGGCUAGGAAAAUGUUGGUAUCUAUGGUAUUUUCGAAUAUAUGGCUAUGGUUUUCAAAGGAGUGUCGAUUUAUUUCAGAAAUGGUUUUGAGAGUAAGAGCCUUUUAGUGUUUUUUACAGGGAUAGAAUACUUUUAAGGGUUUUCCUAUGUCAUUUCAGUAAAGUGUAUGCUCUGGGAGCGCUACUGAUGAAACAGUGCGACUCGCGAAACGGCCAUUUUUUUCUUAAUUGUUUCACCAGCACUUUUGACGCCUCUUAUUCUUCAUGUUAUUUAUUUUCAACAUUUUGAGUCGUGUUGUUCCGGGGCAACUCAGUUUUUUAGUCAUGCGCUCUCUGAUUUUGCUUUCAAAUCGAUUUAUCAACGGGUUUUUCCAGUCACCUCCGCGCGAAACUCAUCCAAUUCCACGACAACACUCGGCCGCCUUAUUACGGCACCUGGCGGAAAAAGCCUCAGGUGAUCAAGGGCCGGAGACCUUUCGCCAGUGAGACCGGCAUCGAUUACGAGGUGAUUCGAGGCACAAUCUAUAUUUUCUAAAAAGUUUUGAACUGUCCACAAGUCCAGUGUCAUUUUUGGCCUCUUCUGUCUGUUUUCUGAGAAAUAUGUUGAUAAGUUUCUGAAGGAGCAGUUUUCUCAGGCGAAAAAGAGCGUAUUAUUUAGUUGAGACAGUACGGUAAACUUAGAGAGACUGGAAACUUACUCUCCUCUUUCUACACACUGACUAACGACCAACGAAAACAAAGAGAGGUCUUUGGGCCUUGUCUAGAACGUGGAGAAAAUGGCUCUGGUCUCUCCAAGAUUACCGUGCUCUCUGAACCGAUGCAUGCGCGCUGGUCUGCCGUUUUUUCUUCUUAAUUUGGAAAUGCUUGAUAAAGAAAAAUUUGAACUUCAUUCAGAGUUCAAUUUCUUAUCAUUAAAUGAUGCUUCAUUUUGAGAACACCUUCUGUUUUUUUUUUCAAUACUUGAGUUUCUUAUUGCGAUUCUGGUCGAAUUUACAUUUCAACUGAGAAUCGAAAAUUUUUUCCGGGCUUUUAUUUGAACAAUUUCAUUUCUUCUCUUUUUAAACGGGCUCUGAUCAACAUAAAAUUUCUUGCAUUGAGCCAUUCUGAAUGGGAGAUUCAUUAAGUUUUUUCCAGGUUGAUUCGGACGCCGAAUGGGAGGACGAGCCUUCAGACGGCGAGGAGUGCCGUUCUGAUGAGGAGGUACAUAUCAAUAUUUGUUUUUUGUAUUUUCAAUAUAUUAAGACCACUUAACAUGAAAUUUUUGUGCAAGAUCGAAAAUGUUCCCUUGAACAAAAAGUCUGAAAGUGUAGUUGUUCAAAUGGAAAGCAUUGUCUCACGGGUCUUCGCCUUGUUUUCUGCGCGUAGUUCAUUAUCUCCGUUGCGCCUUGACAGUCUCAGAAUACAGCGGUUGUUGUAGCUGAAGGCAGAAACUUUGCUGUUUUUGCGAAGUUAGACUUUCACUCCGAGUGAAGACUUUGAAGACCGACGCGGAAGAUCUGAUUAAAAUCCGACAAGUCAAACUUUCUUCAGGACGUCGGCGACGACGAGGUCAUGUCGGACGAUGGAUUCUUCGUCCCGCCGUGCUACCUGUCGGAUGGAGAAGGCGAAGGAGAGUCCGACAGUGAGCAGAAGGUCGACGAGGCCAAGCCCAGGAAACGCGUCAUCAUCGAGGAGGACGAAGGUAAGGAAUUCUUUUCAAAGUGGGAGAAGUUGAAAACUGAAAGAAAUCCAGUGGUCCCUCAAGUGCCCACUUGGAAUCUAGCUUUCCAGUUAUCCCUAAACGAGUCGUAGAUGAAGAAGAAGAGAGUUUGUAUCUUUUUGAAGUGACUUUUUGGAUUUGAGAGAUGAAAAGAUGAAAGCUUAAAAAAAAUCAAGUGACUCCUCAAGUGCUCACUUGAAAGAAUUUCAGUUGCAAUUUAGUCCCACUCGGCGACUCUUCAUUGAAGAGGACAAGGAUUAGAAAUUUCCUGAAGUUUGAAUUUUUGGAGGGAUAUUAGAGAGAUAAAAAGAUAAGAAGUGAAUCUUGAAAUAAUUUAAGUGGGCUCUCAAAGGCCCACUAAAAGUUUCAAAUAUUAAAAUAUAAAGAAAAAGGGUAAAUAAAUUAUUUUGAAAUGGAACUUUUGUUGAAACGGGAGGGAAUUAUCGAGAUAUUAAAAAAUAAUUUUUUCAAGGCACUUGCGAGGUAAUAAACGUUCUCUCCAAUCAUGGUUUUUUUGAAGAUUUAGACGAAAAAAAUGGUCCCAGUUCCUUGUUCUGAGGGGAAGCGAGUUUUUUUAGAAGAAGUGUCCGUUGAAAUCCGAAAAAAAGCUGUCAUCUACUGGGAAAACUCGAAGCUGCGACAUUUAAAAAAAUGUCUUCACUUCAUUCAUAAUCAAAAAUAGGACGACAAAAAAAUUUUUGAAGGCAAGCUGUUGAAACAAUUUUUUUAAAUGAAUUUAAAUAAGGUUAAAUUUUAAUUCCCAGAGUUCCUUCGAAGCUAAAAAUAACUUCAAAACACGAGUAGAGCUUCUUUUGAUAUUGAGGCCAAAAAAAAUUGUAGAAGAAACCGAUGAAGUAAAAAAGUACCCGUAUUUUGGUAGUAGCCAAGAAAAAAAAAUCUAAUUUCUCAUUCUCCUCCAAAAGCUGAUGAAAAGAUCAGCUAGUAUAUUUAUGUUUUGAUGGGUAGGAAUCGAAAAGAGAAGCCAAACGAGAGAAGCCGCCACUUGAGGGGCUUCUUCUCUCUCUCUUUCUCUCUUCGUGGAGCUUGAGCACAGAGCAGCUGGUUGCAGGAGGAGCCGGCAGCAGCGGCGGCGGCAUCAUCAACAGCAGCGGCCAGAAGGAGGACGAUGGGCGGCCUGAGAACGCAGAGGAGCGCCGGGCUCGUCUGGCAGCACGUGCAAGCGAGUGGGCGCGUCGCGUGUCGCGUGGCGGUCCCAGAUGCCUCGACUCGGUCUGCCUUGGCCCGUGCUUUGAGCCGCCGCCACCGGUGGCGACAGCGACGACGUCGCCUAGCAAGGCCGACGCCGAGGAGUGCCCCUUCAGAGUCCAACUCCGCACCAAAGCCAUCCUUUUCGCUUGA